GCAGCUGAGGCUCAGACUCCAGCUCAGCUCAGACCCACGGAUAUACGGCAGCGCCCACUUCUCCCCGGAGCCCCGACCGUCCGGUUGAGCUGGAAGCGAUGGACCUGAGGUUGAGCAGCCUCCUGCUGGUCCUCCUGGCCCUGGCCCCCGCCCAGGGAACCCCCGAGAGGUACUACCACAAGGGCAAGACCUACAGCGUCAAGAGCCAUGCUGUUUCAGGACAUCCAGGCUCACCGGGACUUCCAGGUGAGCCAGGCCCAAUGGGACCCCCUGGGCCCCCUGGGAGCGACGGUAUCGGACACAGUGGACCACCGGGCCCCCCAGGAACCCCCGGAGCCCCCGGCUACAGUCAGCCCGGUAAGCCUGGAACCCCGGGUGCACCCGGAAAGCCAGGCAACCACGGCCCCCCAGGGGAGCGAGGAGCCCCUGGUGCUCCUGGAGCAAUGGGACCCAGAGGAUCACCGGGCUCCCCCGGAGGCCCCGGUCCGGCUGGACUGAGCUCUGCUGGAAAACCUGGACCUGCUGGGUUCCCCGGGUCUGCAGGGCCCAGAGGAGAGCCCGGUCUGAAGGGACAUCCUGGUAUUCCGGGUCUUCCGGGACAGAAGGGAGACCGGGGCGUCGGGGUCCCCGGGUCUCAGGGAGCGCCCGGCCCAAUGGGACCCAUGGGCCCCUCCGGUAUGCCCGGCAAGCCCGGCAUCGGUAAACCCGGUCCCAGUGGAUACCCCGGAGAGCCCGGCAAGUCUGGCCUGCCAGGACGAGAUGGAGAGCCCGGUCCGAUGGGUCCGCAAGGGCCUAAAGGACACACCGGAGCCCCGGGCAUCGGGUCCCCAGGGAAACCCGGUCAGAGCGGAGCGCCGGGUCUCCCGGGCCCUAUGGGGCCAAAAGGCCCUCAGGGCUCUGCUGGUCAGCCCGGCUCCCCGGGCAUGCCCGGUGUCGGUAAACCAGGUGAACCGGGACUCCCCGGAGGUCGAGGAUCCCCCGGUACUCCAGGAACCACGGGUCAGAAAGGAGAGCCCGGCCCAACUGGAUUCACCGGGAUGCCCGGGUCUCCUGGUGCCGCCGGUCCACCUGGCCCACAAGGCGCCCGAGGAUUCCAGGGAGAGCCCGGUCAAGCCGGACCCAAAGGCGACCCCGGUAUGGCCGGAGCGCCCGGUCAGAGAGGAGUGAAGGGUGAGCAGGGAGCACAAGGCUUCUCCGGUAAGCCGGGUAGCCCCGGACCAGUUGGGCCUCCGGGACCGCAGGGCCAUGACGGUGCUCCAGGUCCAAAGGGUGUCCAGGGUCAUGCUGGAGCUCCAGGCAUGCCCGGUGCUAACGGUGCCCCGGGACCAAAAGGACACCCGGGACCUGGAGGAGCCCCGGGUAAGGCCGGUGAGGACGGCAGACCGGGACCGGCGGGACCCCAGGGGCCCUCCGGUCCUGCAGGCUCCACCGGACCCAAAGGUCAUCCCGGUAACCCCGGCCCCCCGGGCCCCGCCGGCCUGACAUCGAAGGGCGUCUCCGGCCCCCAGGGGCCUCCUGGGAUCCCCGGAGCCAGAGGUCACGACGGCCUGCCGGGCCCCGCCGGGCCCCCGGGCCCCCCGGGCCCCCCGGGAGAGGUGGUCUAUGAGAAGGGGAUGCCCAUCAAGUCCCACGAGGUGGUGAUGUCUCAUGAGGUGCUGAAGGCCCCCAUGUCGGCCUUCAGCGCCGUGCUGACCCAGGCCUACCCCCCCGCCGCCGCCCCCAUCGCCUUCAGCCAGGUGCUGUACAACGGCGAGCAGCACUACGACCCCCACAGCGGCGUCUUCGCCUGCCAGGUACCCGGCCUCUACUACUUCAGCUUCCACCUGCACGUCAACGGCGCCAACGCCCUGGUGGCGCUCUACCGGAACGACCAGCCGGUGCUCUUCUCCUACGACGAGUACAACAAGGGCUUCCUGGACCAGCUGAGCGGCAGCGCCGUGCUCAUGCUGGAGCCGGGGGACCGGGUCUACGUCCAGGUCCCGGACGAGGACAGCAACGGCAUCUUCGCCGCAGAUAACGUCCACUGCUCCUUCUCCGGCUUCCUGAUCGCCUCGACGUGAUUCCCUCCCGCCGGGAGAAAACCCUGAAACCUGGCGAAACCUUUCCUAAAUUAAUUUGCUCGUUUCAAAUCUGAGAUUGUGGUUUUAGAAAAAGUGUGGUUUUAGGUUUUGAGUCGGUUCUUCAGAGGCCUUCAGUUUGUCCUGGAGGUCACGAGGCUGACGUCCGUCCCUUCCUACAUUCCCGGUGUGCCUGGAGCAGAAUCCAGUGGUGCUCUUCCAGCGCCUGGAACAUUUACAGCACUCCUCUGAUGUUUGUUUUUGCUGAUGUAUGUUGAUGAAUGAGUUUACUGUAAAAUGCGUCAGUCCAGUCUGUUCAACCCAAACAUCCUCACACUGUGACCAGCAAACUAUGGAAAACACCACGUCUUCAAACAGCAUCCUGUUUCAGACUACGUCCCCUUGAUGCUUUAAGUUAUGCACCACUUACUGACCAAACCAGAAUUAAAGUUCUCCUCUGAA